CACGCGUCUUUCCUUCCCUCCCCCGGGGAAUGAUCCCAGCAUCUCUCGCAGUGAUGUCAGUGUAAUCCUGAGUCGGAUCGGGCUCCCGGCUGGGUGGCGGGGGGGCAGAUGAUGCUCUCGCCAGCUGGGCAGAGCAAGGGUGUUCCCCGCGGAGGCGGCAGCCCUGGGCCGCGGCGUUCUGGAACCCCUGCACCCACGGCGCGGUGCCCCCGGUGCCCGCGAGCGCCGCCCCCGCUGGCUAGCCGCGCCUCGCUCCGCCCUGGACGCCGCCGGUCCCGGCACGGAGGUGCGGCGGGGAGUGGGAGCCGGCCCGGCUCAGUCUGAUUUACGGCUCUGCUGAAAACCGCUUCGCUCCCGCAGCAUCAGCACCGGUGGCGGCGGCUGCAGCAGCAGCAACAAGUCGGGACUUUUAGAGUAAUGCAACAGAAGGCUUUUGAGGAAAGCAGAUAUCCCUGGCAGGAGUCGUUUGAGAAUGUUGCUGUGUGCCUGCCAUUCCGCUGCCCGAGGUGUGGAGACCAUACCAGAUUUAGAAGCUUGUCAUCCUUGAGGGCCCAUCUGGAGUUCAGUCACAGCUACGAAGAAAGAACCCUCUUGACAAAAUGCAGUCUCUUUCCAUCCCUCAAAGACACAGACCUAGUCACUUCCUCAGAACUCCUGAAACCGGGAAAAUUGCAGAGCAGUGGCAACGUGGUAAAGCAGAAACCGAGCUAUGUUAACUUGUACAGCAUUUCACAUGAACAUUCCAAGGACAGGAAGCCAUUUGAGGUGGUGGCAGAGAGGCCUGUGUCCUAUGUGCAGACCUACACUGCCAUGGACCUCCGUGCAGACUCGCUGGAUGGGCCACGGUCGGGUCCUGGACUGCCCACUUCAGACACCAAAGCUUCUUUCGAGGCACAUGUCAGAGAAAAAUUCAAUCGAAUGGUUGAGGCUGUGGAUAGGACCAUUGAGAAGAGAAUUGAUAAACUCACCAAAGAGUUGGCCCAGAAAACUGCGGAACUGUUGGAAGUUCGGGCAGCUUUUGUGCAGCUGACUCAGAAAAAGCAGGAAGUUCAGAGACGAGAGCGGGCCCUAAACAGACAGGUGGAUGUGGCCGUGGAAAUGAUAGCUGUACUGAGGCAACGCCUGACGGAAUCUGAGGAGGAGCUUCUUAGGAAAGAAGAAGAAGUUGUCACAUUCAACCAUUUCCUGGAAGCGGCAGCUGAGAAGGAGGUUCAAGGGAAAGCCCGGCUCCAGGACUUUAUUGAGAAUCUGUUACAGCGGGUAGAACUGGCGGAGAAGCAGCUCGAGUACUAUCAGAGCCAACAGGCCUCUGGCUUUGGCCAUGAUCUCAGCGGGCAUGUGCUUACAGACAUCUCCUCAAAUAGGAAGCCUAAAUGCCUAAGCCGAGGGCACCCGCAUUCGGUGUGUAACCACUCUGAUCUCAAGGCCCAUUUCCACCCAAAGGGAAGGAACCACCUGAAAAAGGCCAAGGAUGACAGAGCCAGCAUGCAGCCUGCCAAGGCCAUUCACGAACAGGCCGAGUCCUCAAGAGACCUCUGCAGACCUCCGAAGAAAGGGGAGCUCCUGGGGUUUGGCCGCAAAGGCAACAUCAGGCCCAAAAUGGCUAAAAAAAAGCCAACAGCCAUUGUGAACAUCAUCUAAAAGGGUGGGUGGUGCUGGACCAAUCAUCGCUGGGCUUUGGGGAACGUUGUUCCAGGGGCCAACAGUAAUGUCUUUCUGGAAACAUUCCAUAGUAAGACACAUUGGAAAAGCCAAGGGCAUAACACAGGCAAGCACCUCGAUUAGCCAGAGCUUAGCAAAUGGGAAUCUUAGUGAACCAGAAUUUUAUUAAAGCCCCCUUUUAGAAGCUUGCAAAUUACAGAAAGAAUAAAAAAAAAAAAAUCAAUCUUAAAGCUCUAACUUCUAAAGUGACUGGCCCAGUCUCCAGUAAUCUUGGCAUCUGGGCGUCUGUGCAGUGGUCGUUAAUUUUCAGGACCAAGGCCACACAAAAUGUCAGGCCUAGGGAGAAAAUUCAUCUGUGCCCACUGCUCUCCAAAGCGUGAGGCAAGGAAUGGGAGUGUAAAGUUCUGUUAAUAGCAGUAAAAUGAAGAUAUUUGUGUUUGUGUAUAACCUUCCCCUCAGCUAAUUUGAAAGCCUACAAAAUAAGGAUUCCCAUUCCCCGAGUAUUCUGGUUAAUCAAGAUUUCAAUUUCUGGGUUGCUCGAGGGACUCGUUCAGUCAGACUUCAGUUCUCAUUCCGACAGAGUGUCUUUCAGUUUGUUUGUUUGAUUGAGGUUUUUUGGUGGCCUAGAUGCAUGUUUAUUCAGAUUUUGGUACACCUCUGCCGUCUUCUUUGGCUGAGUAUUCUGCACCCACAGACCACGCUGCCAGCCUCUAUCUUAAUAGCUGCUUCUGUGGAUAUGGCUGGGGAGCGAAGUAAAACCCUCUUUUGAUUAGCACCCAGCAUGGGCUCAGCGACUAGGUGGUUGGAAUGACAGUGGACUGCACGUUUGGUGCAUCGUGACCAUCUGGAAGCACUGCGGGUGUCACCAAGCCCUUUCCUAAGACCUGCUUCUCGGACAGUGUCAGUGGCCCUCUCUCUCUUUGCUAUGGGCAUGACUUUCUCUUCGCUGGCUUAACUUUUCCACUGGGUGGUUCACUUCGCCUCCUGCUGCUUCUGUGCCCUGUUAAGGCUUCAGGUAUCUUUCAACCAAGUAUCUGGAGUGUUCACUGUAUGUUGCAUUCUAAAGUAAUUUCUGAAAUAAACAAUGCAUGUAGGAGCCAGAAUCUGACACUGUCUUCCCCUCCUUCCCUCCCUAAAAUGGCUUUUGUUUCCACAAAGAGCUGUUAAGAAGUUCCUGCUGUAUGAUUUUCCUCAAGAAUGAAUUUCCAUGUUAUUUUUUCCUUAAAUUUAGCAAUAUCAUCAGGUCUCAUGCAGAGUUUAUAAGUGCUGACAUUCUUCUGAAAACAGGAAUAAUUUUGUCCACAAAUAUAUACAUAUAUACAUAUAUAUAACACAUACAAAAUAUAUAUGUUAAGUAUAUUAAUAAUUUAUUUUUAAAUACUCAUGGAGAAAGUGUGUGUUUGUGGUGGGUGGUUUUUAAACUAUAUAUGUUUGUUCAUGUAAACUGAAUUCUCUUAUUUAAAAAAUCAAAACUGUAAUGUGAUUAACAUUGGCAGAAUUAUGAUUGUUAUUGCAAUAAGCAUCAAAUUAGCAGCGCAUUAAAAAUAGGAAAUAAAGCAGUUGCUUAAAAUGCCAGUCAAUUGAAAAGUGUAACUUAUCAUUAUACAAACAUUUUGAACCUGUCAUAAUGAAAAUGUUCUUGAAUCUUCA